AACACCAUCCCACUUUUAUUGCAGAACAUCAGCAACAGGUCAACCGAUUGUGCGAAUUUAGUAAAAAUCAUCAUAUACAUAAAUAUAUAUACACACGUUCACAACAAGAACAAAAAGCUAUGGCGUUAACGAAAAACCUCUUCCUUGUCGCAUUCCUGGCGCUGGCCUCAAUUCAAGGGUCACAAUCCCAAGAAACUCCAGGAACAGAUUGCACUGACAAUAGUCAAUGCAAUGCAGAAAAAUUCCUGGUUUGUGUUGCAGAAAAAUGUGAAUGUGACCCAAGUCGGCCCCUUUACUUUGACCUCUUAAAGAGAACAUGCACAUUGAAGCUAGAUCAAGUAUGUCAACCAGAGACGGAAGGUGUACCAACUUGCAGCACUGGUGGAUCCUGCAAACAAGACGCCGCAGAAUACAAGUGCUCCUGCAACGAAGGGUACAAUCCUGAUGGGUACAAUCCUGAUGGGGAUACAAGAUGCGUCAAGGUUGUUGACUAUGACCAAUCUUGCACCUCUGACGAAGAAUACUUAGCCUGUAGGGAAGGUCUUAAUGUAGAAUGCAAUCCCACAACUAGCAAAUGCGACUGCAUGGGGGGCUACUUUGUGCUUGCCGAUAGGUCAAUGUGCCUCGCAGGUUUUGGUACGAGAUGCGAUUCUGACCCUGCAGGACAACCAUCCAGCAAAUGCAACCAUGAAUUGUUUACUGAAUGCCAAGCUACCAGUACCUGUGGCUGUCCUACUACCCACAUGAUUGACAGCCUGGUAACACCACCCGCCUGUGCUCUUCGCCUUGAUCAACCUUGUGGGGCUGCAGGGACUGCGCAAUGCUACAGCAAUUCCGAGUGCAAAGGGGACGAAGGGUCGAAGAAGUGUGAGUGCAGUGGCACAUUGACGCCUAACGGUAACAAAAAAGACAUUUUAUUUUUCAUGCAUAUUUACAAUAGUGCGUAUGCAGUAGAGUUAUAUACUUAUGUACACAUGUAUUUAUAUCUUCCGUCUAGCCAAUCAAUCAUGCAAUAUAGAAUAUAGUAUUCACAUAUUUCUA